AUGACUGGCCUGCGGCCCUGGUACUUUGUUAUCAAGCCGUUCAUGGGAUUUUCCAACGAGAUCACGCGACGAGACAUCCAUGAGACUAUCCAGAGAUACACACCCGAGAAGUACGAUGCUCUGAGUUACAUCCCAGAAGAGCUGUCAAGACCUUGGUUCGAAAACCACGAUGCAAUCAAGGUCCCCAGCACAAUCUUCGACUGCUUCCCGCCCAAGCUGCUAGAUUUCCUCCAUUUUGCGAUCUUCUAUGCAAAGGGCGAUCAAAAGGCUGUACACUCGGCCAUCAACGAAGCAUACAGAGAGCGCUUGAGACGGAUACCAGGAGACACGGUUCUUGAUACCGAACAUGUCUUCCAGGCCGCGGCUAUUGUGACACGGAAACUUGCGGAGGUGAAUUUGGCGCGUGAGGCGCACAGGAAAGGCGAAGAGAAUGUCCUGGCUGCUCUGAAGAAGGUCCUGCCUGCAAAUGUGUCUCACAAGGGGAUGUUGAAAGUCACGCCGGAGGAACUGUAUAUCAUGGUUCAAAAGGCAGUGAGAGACCCUCAACAAGAUGAAGGACUGGAGGGUGAUGGCGUGAUGCAACAUGAUGACGAUCUUCGAGCUUCACUGCUAGACGCUGUCAUUGCUGAUUCUCACAGCCCGUCUCUCCGGAAAUCUGUCCCCGGGUCAACAUGGCCACCUGGAAGCUUCGCUGCCCCUUCUCGUACAACGGGUUAUAGCGUCACAUCGCCUCGAGAGCCACCCCCAUUCCCAGCUGGUAAUCCUGAACAUGCAAAAUACUCCCCUGUCCGUCCUCAAACCUCUCAUUGGCCGCAAAACUCUCUUUCACCUGGCAUCUUACCGAAUGACAUUGCCCCCACUGUCAAGCAGAUCUGCGUGAAGAACACACAUCAGCCUUCCAUGAGCGCCGAAAGCGACGGAAAGCAGCCGUGCAGCCUGGCUUCAUCCUCAGACAUUAUUCCGGAUGCUUCUUCUCGCACUGAUACAGCAGCAAGCAAUGCUGUGACGGAACAUCCGACAUCAAUGAAAGGGCGCAACGGACGGAUAGAAGCAGGAGAUGGCACGGUCAGUAACUCGACAAAGACUGUUGAGGAUGCAAGGACCAAAGCGGCGGCCCCCAGCUCUGCACACGAAGACUCGGAAGCAACACACGCUUCUGCUUCUGAUACCGCAUUGGAGGCCAACGAUACUUCUACUACCGUCCAGACUACCCAUGUGACGAUCAAAGCGACAGAGCACAUCAAAGAUCGGACAAGUACCUCUCAUGCUGAACAUGGCGCCAACGUUCACGAUCAACCAAUCUCACAUUUCAGACGCAACAAUCCCGCCUCGCACCCUGAUGCAGUCAGCGGUACAGCUCCCGCAGAUCUUUCUCCUCUUGGCGUAUCAAGUAUGCCAGAAACAGGAGAACCUGAAUUGACGGACACAGCUGGAGAAAGCGACAGAUCAAUCAGUACCGCUGCUUCCGUUAAGAAGCGGAAGUUUUAUUGA